GUGGAUUGGUUGCACCCUCCGCGAAGGACAAGCAUGACAUUUUGAAGGCUUUCACGACAAGCCUCAGGGCUAAGGUCAAGCAUAUGCCUAAAUUUUCCAUCCACCUCGAGAGCUACCCGGCAAAGCCAGAAAACUUACCGCAAGAACUCUACAAUGCAGCCUACUCCGAGGAGGCGCCGUCAGAGAAAGGUGUCACAAUGAUGGGUGUCCAGGCUCACGUGGUACCAUACCGUGAUACGCACACCUUGGUGCGUUCUGCAAAGCCCACUGGCAACUCAGCCGUGAGUCCUGAUGCAUUUUGCAUGCAGCUCAUGCAUGCGUUCUCCAAGAUGAUGCAUGGCCAAGGCGGAUCUCAAGAUAGUCUCCCAGGGUUCGAAGUGUUUUCAGGGAAGCGAAAGAACAAGGCCUUGGCCGACGCAGUAGCACCAACUGGUGCAUCAGCCGGACCAAAGCUGGCGCUGGAAGAUCAGAAAGCCGAAAAUAACUCUCAGGAAGAGAAACCUGCCAAUGAACAGGAUCAGAAGGGAGAAAUGUUUAGUUUGAGUUUGCCAGAGGAGAAGAAACCUGCUGAUCCAAAAGAUCAACUGGAUGCCAUGGUUGGGACCUUCCAGGCAAGGGGUAAAGCCAGGAAGAUUGAAGCGGAAAAGGAAAAGAACAACCAUGCAAAUGAAGAUCCACCCAAAGCCAAAGCCAAAGCGCAGCCCAAAGCCAAGGGCAAAGCGGCCUGCAAGAAGGUCGCCAAGACUGCGGUGAAGCAAUCGCCGCCCAAGACUCCCAAAGGGACAUCUUGCAAGAAGGGUUCACCGCAGUCCUCUGAAAAGCAGCCAUCUGCGGAAAAGCAGAAGGCCCCCGCGGCUGGGCAAACCUUUCAUUGGCGCGGUGGCAAGGUUCAUCGAUCAGACCGAUCGAGCUGUUGGAGGGUCUUCCUGCGCGCAGGAGACCGCAAUGACAAGAAGGUUGCCUUCAAGGAAGACUGUCAGGCAGCCUUUGUGAGAGCUUUGCGGAUGAUUGAGGAGAGCCAGUAG